GCGACAGGGCAGUGUCGGGCUGCGCAACGAGGCGCGCCACGCACCACUUUGUUUCAAGGCUGCAAACGAUGGGAACGGAAAAAACUAUUGAAUAGCCUGGUUCACGCUAACCAGCACAGGUCAACGUCUGUCCUUUGACAACUCAUUCUUUGCAUCUUUGUUGCUUUGAUUGUGACGCCACUCGACGCUUUUCUCGGAGACCCCUAUUUGCAUUUGUUUUGGGGGUGUUUGAAACUCUUCGUUUGCAUUUAUAUUACUCCUCCACAGGUGCUCAUCACAGUCUUAUUUUUUUCCAACCGUCAAAUAUAACUUGCAUGGCAGCUGAGGUCGCAUCUUGGCCGUUUGUUCAGCUUUCUUCUAGUGGCGCUUCUUCACCCUGUCUCACCUCCGACCAUCCCCACGCCACCCCGUUUCCCAGCUUGCGGCCGCCCCUCCGUUCUCUUCUGCUGUGUUGCUUUCCGCUCUUCGUUACAAAUCCGCAUAAUUACCUGCUACUGCGUCCGACAUCACCGCCAGCCUCAGACUCUCUGCUUGCAUGUCGUUUCCCCGACCUCUGCUCUGCUCUCGUGACUCCAUAGCCUUCCGAUGAGCCAGCCAAGGCCGACUUCACAAUGUCGCUGAUGACGUCCCACGAUCGCCAGCUCAGGAUUCUGCAGCUGGCGCAGGAAUGGGACAUUGCACUUCCUCCGCUGCUUGGACCGCUGACUCGUCCAGAAAACCCGCCAUCUUUUCAAACUCCCGACGACGACAACUCGGCCGACAUGCUGAUCCAAUACCGUGUCCUCGACAUGGCUCAAGCCAAACCAAAGAGCCCACUCUCCAGGGCAUUUUCAUCCAGUGGUCUCAAGCGGGGAAAGCACUGGGAGCCCAGAGAUAUUGUAGAUACUCUUGCUGGUGUGAUUGCAACAGGUGGCUCUGCAGGUGUCGCCGAAGCACUGCUCAACAAGCUCGCCGCCUCAGGUGUAGAGCUCCAAGUGGCAGCGAAGCAAAAGUCGGGACUCUUGAACCGAAAGAAGAGCGUCGAUUCCUUUGUUGACCGCACUGCACUACUCCGAAUGGCAGUCGACGGCAACCAGCUUGAAAUGACGGAGCUGCUUCUGCCAUUAGCCGAUCCAGUCGCCUUGGACACUUGCCUGCCACUUGCCAUCCGGCUCGGAAACCCGCGCCUCGUCGAACAACUUCUUAGAUACGGUGCUAGCGUUGGUGAGCAUGGCGAAGGAACCGACGUAUUUCGCCAAGCCUGCGUCCACGAUGCCUUGGCGCCUAUUGUUGGUCUAAUUUUAAGGUCGGACGGACGCCCGCCGACUCAGCUAGUAUCAGAAGCCAUGGUCGAUGCGGCCCGGGCUGGCUCUGUUGAAAACGUUGUACAACUAAGCAAGGCAACUGCAGAUGGAGACUACAACCAAGCCGAAGCGCUGCGAUGUGCUGUUGCAAUUGGUAGACGUGAUAUUGUGCUAGCAAUCGUCAUGGGCUUACGCCCACCUCAGCCAUCUAGUAUCAAUGAUGCAUUUCUAAUGCUUGCCGAACACCCGACACUGGACAAGAGCUCAAAGCUGGAAAUAUCAGAAAUCUUGCUUUGUGCUGGAGCCAAUGGUAGCAUCGUUGCUCACGUUUUGGAACAGUCUUGCAGUAACGACUUCAUCGACAUGGCACGACUCCUAGCUACCCAUGGUGCGUCUAUUGAGUAUAACAAUGGUGCUGCUCUAAAGCAAGCCAUCUCAUCCAACCGCAUGGAUUAUGUCAUGGCAAUCUUCAACGAAUCAUCCUCCCUUAACUCGACAUUGGCAUCGGAGUGCACGAGCUUAGUCCCCAAGCAAGUUACCUUUGAAGUCCGCAACGAAUUACUUACCCUGCUUUUGAAGAAAGGCGCUAGUGGGCGUCCGUUGGACCAAUGCUUGAUUGAUGCAGCAGAAACAGGUGAUCUCACAGCGGUUGAUCUGCUGCUACAACCCUAUUUUGCCCUCCCUCCCGGGCAGCAAGCCAUCAACAGGCAAUCCCUCCGCCACCAGGUGGCCUCGCCAAAUUAUCGCUCCGGAGAAGCACUGCGUACAGCCGUAUUGAGGGCAGAUAUUCUCCUCGCGGAGAAGAUUCUUGCCGCCCGACCGACUUCAGACACCCUUACCGCCGUUUUCCCUCUCACCCGAAAUCUCUACCAGUCUGAUCGCUCGCAAAUGAUUGAACUCUUUCUUCGAGGAUCUUUGUCCGGCGAAUGUCUACACGUUGCUUUGCAGGAUUCUCUAGAUUCACCUGCGUCCCAACGAGACGAUGAUCUGAUCAAGCUGCUGUUGGACCAUGGUGCCGAUAUCAACUAUAAUUCUGGCGAAGCCUUGGUCCCCAUUAUAAAACAGAUGGAUCUCAAGUUUCUAAAUGGCAUCAUCGCAAAAGUCUCACCACAAACCGCAGCUAUCCACAUUCAACAUGCCGUCAAAGUACCAGACCAUAAAGCUCGUUUUGAAAUCUUGACUAUGUUGCUCCGAAUGGGAGCUGCUAUCGGCAUCAAAGAAAUCAAUGGCGCUAUUAUAGAUACGAUUUUGGAGAAGCCGGUCGAUCUUGCAAUCUUGCAGCUGUUGCUCGACAAGGGCAAUGCCGACAUCAAUAACAUGGACGGUGCUAUUGUUAAGAAGGCAAUGGAAAACAACGACCCGCAGGUUCUUGAAACAGUUUUGACGUAUGGCAAGCCUAACGAAAUUACUAUUAGCCGCGCUCUGCAAGACCUAGCUGGUAUGUUCUCGAACGAAACGAAGAAACGGAAAAUCAGCGCCUUGCUUGCCAAGUCGUCCCGAAUUGACGACUUGAAUCGCAUUUUGCUUCACGAGGCGCAAUCACUCAUCCAGCAUCGAGACAAAUCACCCAGCAUGGCUACGUUUGAACACCUCCUUGAGGCAGGCGCUGACCCGAAUUCCUACAAAGCUGCUACUCUAUGCCACGCUGUCAUCGGCACCAACGAUGCAAUCUUGGAUUUGAUUUUCAAAUGCCGCUACCCACCUACUGUAGUAUCCUUAGGGUUUGCUCUCCCACAUGCGCUUCGUGUUACAAAUGCUGACGCUCGUCUCAACCUUACCACGCGUUUGGUGGAGUCCGGAGCCGACGCCCUCGAAGUCAAUAGAGCCUUGACAUACGGCAUUGGCGCUUACCCCAAGUCGACGAUGCUUUUGGCCAUAUUAGCGAAGAGCGCAGAUAUGUCCGAUGGAGAAGCAUUGCCCAUGGCUGUUACGAAGCAGCUACCGGAGCUAGUAGAUGUGAUUCUGCACAGCUUCAAACACACCCAAGAUGUUCGUCAUGUGGCGAUGGGCCAAGCGAUAGAAAUCAAGAACCGAUCAAUACGCACAAUUAUAUGCGAGCUGCUACUUGAAGUCGGAGUCUCCACAGAUAUUGCUUCUGGCGCACUAUUAGUCGCGGCCAGAGAUGGAGAUCUUGCAUUGGGAAAGCUUCUCAUGGCUCACGGCGCCUCGAUAUCUGGAAAUAGUGGCCAGGCUAUCAUUGAAGGAAGUCGUGGUGGAUCGGUCGAAGUUCUGGAUGUUCUACUCAAAUCUGGAGCCGAACCGACGAAGCUGACUCUGGAAAAGGCAUUCCAAGCGGCAACAGAAGUUAGGGAUCUUAGCAAACGGGCUGUCAUUUUUGAGCUGUUACUGUCAAAGGGCGUAUCCGGCCAAAUAGUUGAUUCACAGCUCGAAUCAGCUGCCCGUUAUGGCGAAUCUGGACAGGCGCUUUUGAAAGUUCUACUUGCUUCUGGUGCCGAUCCAAACUACAGUGACGGAGAGGCCGUGCUAGCUGCCACGCGGAGCGCCAAUGUCAUUUGUCUUGAGCUCCUGCUAGGUAUUUGGAGCGACAACUUGAAUCAGAUUCCGGUGUCGAACCCAGUUCUGAGUAGCGCUCUAAAUGCCUCUCUGCAGUUGAACCGAAGUAUCCGAUUUCGUAUUGUGCAAAGUCUCAUAACGGCUGGCCUCCCAGCCGAUGAGACCGUGCACAAAGUAUUAAACCACGUUGUCAAAGAAGAAGAUCCGGAAGAACGACUGGUCAAAUUGUUGAUUGAUCAUGGUGCCUCACCCACUGCCAACGACUGCCAAAGUCUUAUUGACGCAUCUAACAAUGUUGCUGCUAAGUGCUUGCCGCUAUUAUUUACGCGCGAGAUGCCCAAGGUUGAUAUCAACCGAGCCUACUCUAGCUCUUUUACUGCAGAACGUUACAAGAAGUGGUUUACUGACGACGGACUGCGGACUGCCAAGCUGCUGCUAGACAAAGGUGCCAAGGGCACAAAAGGUGAAGCGUUGAGCUCAUCGCUGGUGCUUGUUUUGAAAAACUCUACAGAGGCCACCAACAACUUGUCUGACCGCUUCGUGUCACUCUUGGUUUCGUAUGGUCCAGAUGUCAAUUUUAACCACGGGGAGCCUCUCCAGGUUGCAGCUUCAAAAGCGAAUGUCGGCUGGGCAAAGGCGUUGCUGACUUGCAAACCAAACUCAGAGACACUCUCUCUUGCAUUUCAGUGUAUCUUUGAUACUGCGUUAUCUGAAGAAGAUGUCUUACAGCUCUUCAAGCUCUUUGCCGACUAUCGACAAGAUGGCUCCGAGAUUGACGUUAUGACAAAGCAGCAAGGGGAGCAGCCCAUUUUGGUACGCGCCAUGUCCCAGUACCCACGCUCCACAACUGUUGUUUCAACACUGCUGGAUGCUGGAUAUUACCACGAUCAACGCGUCAAAUGCAAAUUGCAUGAGGAUGCUGACGAGGAAGAGGUUGUGACGCUACUUGUGUGGGCGAUUGCACAGCCUCAGAAGAAAGUCAGUACCGCUGUUAUCGAAACGCUCACUGAGCGCGGUGCGAAUGUCAAUACACCUUCGUCAAUUACAUCCACAACACCACUGAUGUUGGCAAUUCAGUGCCGAAGACCGGACGUUGUCAAUACACUCCUUCUAGAAGGGGCGGACGUUGAUGUUGUGGACCAACAAGGCCGUACACCGCUCGCCAUGACGACGCUGAUGGGCGGCGAUGUUGCCGUCAAAAUGAUGUCAAGCAUUUUGGCAGCUGACCCUUCUUCUGAUGACGGCUCCCUUCAUAAUUCAGCCCAGCAACUCAACAUGGCGGCUGUUAAAGUCCUAAUCAAGGCCGGCCAUCACCCAGACUUCCCUAGCGCCAUUCAUAAUGGCAGAAGUGCUCUCAGCGAAGUCUGUCUGCAUGGAACUAACAAUGACCUUGCGCCCGCUGAGCUUGAACGUCAAAUGCAAAAGAUUAUGUCAUUCUUGCUGGAAUCCAACUCGGAUCCCGCCAUCAAGUACAACGGCAAGUCGGCGCUGCUCCUCUGCUUCGACGCUACGAAUCCAAUUGUGGCAACGAGAGCCCUUUUGAAGAGUGGCUUUUGGAAGCACAUCGACAAGUCCUUCAACUAUUAUACUGACGAAUCCCAUACAUACUCACCAACGAUGUAUUUGAAGAAGCUUGUAAAGCCGUCAGACACCAUUGAGGAUCUGAUAGGCAUUCUGCGAGCGAACCGCGCUACAGACGUCUUCUAUGCCAACAACGGUGCUCAACCAGAGGAUGCCGCUGGACUCCCCGAAGAUAUUGCUGUGCUGGAGCGAGCUCGUCUGGCCCGCCUAGCACGCCUUGCAGAAGAAUCCCAAGAGCACGCGACAUUACUCGCCCGCCGCCGCGAAGCCGCCAGCGUUGAGCAACAAAUAUCGGAUCAGCGAGCACAACUUGAAGAAACCCGGCGCCGCCGACAACAAAGCGAGGAGCUGCAGGCGAUGAAGACAAAGGCAAACCUUGAAGAGGAUAUCGCGGCGGCCACAAUGCAGCGUCGCAUGGCUGAGCAGCACAUGUUGACCGAGGCGCAUAUGAACCGAUCACGGGCACUCGCUACUGCCGAGCAGCAAGCGCAGGAGAUCAAGCAGCGCAAGGCGCUGGAGUGGGAAGGGCUGAUGAACAAGGAGCGCAUCGACAACACCCGCCAGAUGAGUGCCAUCCGCAUUAGCGAGCGUGAGGCAGUCGAUCGCAUCGACAGUGUUGCCGAACAGAGACUGGGCAAGCGUCUAGACUCACAACGAAAACUGGUGGAGAGCCAGGAGCGGCUUGCUGGCCGAAUCGCUGCUGGUACAGGCACAUCCAAUGCCGAUGCUCGCAGGCAGAUUGGGUUUGUAACGGAACUUAAUUGAGAACACGACAUACCAUAGACGGCGUUAUUUCCUUUUUUUCUUUUUUGUUUAGCGAGGGCCGGCUUACAUGCAAUGCUUUGGCACCAGCCUUUUAUAUGUAUUUGUACACUCUUUCAUCCUUACACAGCGUUCUCUUUUACAUAUUUUCAUAUAAAAAUCGUAUUUCAUUAAUUCUUUU